AUGCCGAGCGGCAGCUCCGCGGCCCUGGCCCUGCCGCCGCCGCCGCCGCCGCCGCCCGCCGCCGCCGGCGCCGAGCUCGAGGCGGACGCGCUCCCGCUGCCGCUCCGCGAGCGCCUGGCCGCGCUAGGCCUGGACGAGCCGCGCCCGGCGGCGCCCGGCAGCGGGGCCCCGACGCUCAGGGCCGUGGCGGCGGCGGCGGCGGCGGCGGCGGCGGCGGCGGCAGCGGCGGCGGCGGCGGCGCGGGGCCAGGCCCGGCACGGCGGAGCCCCGGACGGGGAGAUCGGGGAGGAGGACGAGGAAGACGGGGAGCUGGACGGAGACCUGCUGGAGGAGGAGGACGAGGAGGACGACGACGAGGAGGAGGAGGAGCCGGAGCGCGAGGUGCCGGAGGAGGACCCGGACCGGGCGUCGCUGCUGCUGCUGUCCGCGCCCGCCGCCGCCGCCGCCGCCCCGCCGCCGCCGCUCCCCGGCGGGCCCCUGGGCUCGGUGCUGCUGCCCGCCGCCGCGGCCGCGGGUUUCGAGGCGCGCGACGCCGCCGGGGUGCUGUACGGCGGGGACGAUGCUGCUGCCGCCGCCGCCGCCGCCGCCCAGGGCAUGAUGGCGGCGAUGCUGUCCCACGCCUACGGCCCCGGCCCCGGCCCCGGCGCGGCGGCCGCCCUGAACGGCGAGCAGGCCGCCCUGCUCCGGAGGAAGAGCGUCAACACCACCGAGUGCGUGCCCGUGCCCAGCUCCGAGCACGUCGCCGAGAUCGUCGGGCGCCAGGGUUGUAAAAUAAAAGCACUGAGAGCCAAGACAAACACGUACAUCAAGACACCUGUUCGUGGUGAAGAGCCCAUUUUUGUUGUCACUGGUCGGAAAGAAGAUGUCGCCAUGGCCAAACGAGAAAUCCUCUCUGCCGCAGAGCACUUCUCCAUGAUCCGCGCAUCUCGAAACAAAAAUGGCCCUGCGUUGGGAGGGUUAUCGUGCAGUCCGAAUCUGCCUGGGCAAACCACCGUUCAAGUCAGGGUCCCCUACCGUGUGGUAGGAUUAGUAGUUGGGCCCAAAGGAGCAACUAUUAAAAGAAUUCAGCAGCAGACCCACACCUACAUAGUAACUCCAAGCCGAGAUAAAGAGCCUGUUUUUGAAGUGACAGGAAUGCCUGAAAAUGUUGACCGUGCACGAGAAGAAAUUGAAAUGCAUAUUGCCAUGCGCACCGGGAACUACAUUGAGCUCAACGAAGAGAAUGAUUUUCAUUACAAUGGCACAGAUGUUAGCUUCGAAGGUGGCACCCUCGGCUCUGCGUGGCUCUCCUCCAACCCAGUUCCUCCUAGCCGUGCACGAAUGAUCUCGAACUAUCGAAAUGAUAGUUCCAGUUCUCUGGGCAGUGGUUCCACAGAUUCCUACUUUGGAAGCAGUAGGCUGGCCGACUUUAGUCCAACGAGCCCUUUCAGCACAGGAAACUUUUGGUUUGGAGAUACGCUACCAUCGGUGGGCUCCGAAGAUCUUGCAGUUGAUUCUCCUGCCUUUGACUCUUUACCCACGUCUGCUCAAACUAUCUGGACUCCAUUUGAACCAGUUAACCCACUCUCGGGCUUUGGGAGUGAUCCCUCUGGUAACAUGAAGACUCAGCGCAGAGGAAGUCAGCCAUCUACUCCUCGUCUGUCUCCUACAUUUCCUGAGAGCAUUGACCACCCACUUGCUCGGCGGGUUAGGAGCGACCCCCCUAGUACAGGCAACCACGUUGGCCUUCCAAUAUACAUCCCUGCUUUUUCUAAUGGUACCAAUAGUUACUCCUCUUCCAACGGUGGUUCCACCUCAAGCUCACCUCCGGAAUCAAGACGAAAGCACGACUGUGUGAUUUGCUUUGAGAAUGAAGUGAUCGCUGCCCUAGUUCCAUGUGGCCACAACCUCUUCUGCAUGGAAUGUGCCAACAAGAUCUGUGAAAAGAGAACGCCAUCAUGUCCAGUUUGCCAGACAGCUGUUACUCAGGCAAUCCAAAUUCACUCUUAACUAUAUAUAUAUACAUAAAUACUAUAUCUAUAUGGACUCGUAAAGGCAUGGGUAUAAUGGUACCCCAGUAAACUUCCUAAUGAAUUCUUAUGACUGUUAUCAGGCUUUAUUGGGAUUAGGCUAAAGUUGUUAGUAAACUUAUAAAAGGCUGCUAUGGUAACACUAAACCUAAGUGGUCUCUUGUCUAUUAGUUUGGUUUGAAUUAUUAAUACUAUCCUGUAGACCCAGAGACAUAGCUUGUCUAGGAAUUGCUAGAGCUGAAGUUGAACUUGGCUGAAUGAAGAUCAUCAUAGGUUGUGAGAACCUAUGAGGAGGAGGAAGGGUGUGACGUCUUAAGAUUUCAAAACGAUGGUCCCUAAGCCUAACCACCUUAAGAGUUUAUGGAGGGGAGGGUACUUGGCAUUACAGAUGAUCCAGACACUUCCAGUGCUGCCUUCUUUACACUGCCAGUUUUGACAAAACAGGUUUGUUUUUUAUUUCACAACAACUUAUGCCUAAUUCUGCAGGAUUG